GCGGCAGCAGCAGCAAGAGUGUGAGUGCGAGUGUGUGUGUGUGCGUGUGUGUGAGAGAGCGAGAGAGCAAGCACCAGCUCCAAGCUCCUCCACAGCGUCCGAGCUGAGCCGAGCCAGGGGGGACAUCUGAGCACGGCGGCCAGUCCAGUCCAGUCCAGUCUAGCCUCCGCUCCACUCCGCUCCAGGCACCACUGGGCUGUGGGAACGAGCUGGAGGCACUCCAGAAUGAACCAGGCUGCAGUCGAGCUCCCUCUCUGAGGGGACCAAACAGACGGACACACACAGACAGACAAACCGACAGACAGACUAACGAAGCGGACAAGCAGAAGGACGAACGGAGGAUUGCAGACUGAAGAGGAAACGUACGGAUAGAGGGAAGGAAAACGAAGGAAAGGAAGGAAGGAAGGAAAGAGAGGAGAGGAGAAGAGAGGAGGAACUGUGCAGCUGGAACCUCGCAAGCACAGGAGCAAUCUAUUCUCCCUCUCUCUUCCUCUACGCAUAUACACACACACACACGCGCGCGCGAGCGCGCACUUACACACAUACCGUGGAGCGAACGUCGGAUGAGAAGAGCGGCAAAGACAGGAAAGGAAAAGGAAACGGAGGGGGUUGUUUCCCGGGACGACAGACGCUGCCGCUGGAUUUCCACCUGGAGAUCAGAGAACAGGUAGCAGGAGAGAGAGAGAGAGAAACAGAGCGAUAGAAGGGAGGAACGAAGGAUCGAGAGAGAGGGAGAGAUAGAAAGAGAGAGAGGGGGGGUGAUCAGUGGUUACCAUGGCGCGUCUGAACUGGUGUCUGGCGGCGGUCAUCAGCUGGGGGAAGUUUCUCUUCUCUUGCUUCUUCCCGCUGCGCUCGAGCAGGAGGGACCAGCCAGAUGAGUUUGAAGGGGUCCACUCCCAUACCUUCCGUGUGAAGGCAUUCAAGAAAGCCAAGUGCUGUGCAGUAUGCAAGCAGGCUGUCACCAAGGAAGGCCUGGUCUGCAAAGCUUGCCGGUUAUCAUGUCAUAAGAAGUGUGAAGUGAAGGUCUCCACUGCCUGCACGACUGCUGCCAACUAUGAGCUGCCUCCCACUGCUGAACUUCCCCUGAAACAUGUAGAGACUCCGGGAUCCACCAAAUCCACCAGAAGUAUGGACUCUCGUCAGAGACCCUCACGGAGCCUGAGUAUGAUCCAGAACCUGGAUGACACGGAGGUGGACCUGGUCUACAUCACAGAGCGGAUCAUCUCACUGUCCUUCCCCACGGGCUCCGACGAGCACAGCUACACCUCCCACCUCAAGGACGUGGCCGCCAUGAUGAGGUCCAAGCACGGAGAGCACUACCUGGUUCUUAACUUGAGUGAACACCGAAAUGACAUCGUCAAGCUGAACCCAAAGGUCAUGGACUUUGGCUGGCCCGAUCAACAUGCACCUGCCCUGGACAAGAUCUGUAGCAUCUGCAAGGCCAUGGACACCUGGCUCAAUGCAGACAUACACAAUGUAGUUGUCCUACACAACAAGGGCAAUCGGGGUCGGACAGGGGUUGUGAUCGCGGCCUACAUGCACUACAGCAACAUCUCUGCCAGUGCUGACCAGGCCCUGGACAGGUUCGCCAUGAAGCGCUUUUAUGAAGACAAAGCCCUGCCAGUGGGCCAGCCGUCCCAGAGGAGAUAUGUACAGUAUUUCAGCGGACUUCUCUCUGGUCAUAUCAAGAUCAACAACAAGCCUCUGUUCCUGCACCACGUCAUCAUGCACGGCAUCCCCAACUUCGAGUCCAAAGGAGGUUGCAGGCCGUUUCUAAAGAUCUAUCAGGGGAUGCAGCCAAUUUAUAUGUCUGGGAUAUACAAUGUUCAAGGUGACAGCUCCACAAGUAUCUGCAUAACCAUAGAGCCUGGCCUUCUCUUGAAGGGAGACAUCCUGCUGAAGUGCUACCACAAGCGCUUCAGGAGCCCGAGCAGGGACGUGAUCUUCAGGGUGCAGUUCCACACGUGUGCUGUCCACGACCUCGCCGUGGUCUUCACCAAGAAUGAGCUCGACGAGACAUUCAAAGAUGACAGAUUUCCUGAGUAUGGGAAGGUUGAGUUUAUCUUCUCAUUUGGACCAGAAAAGAUAAAAGGGCUUGAUCAUCUGGAGAACGGUCCGAGUGUGUCAGUAGACUACAAUACCCAGGACCCCCUGAUCCGUUGGGACUCCUAUGACAACUUCCACAAGCGCUGUGAAGAUGCACCAGACGACGUAGUGCACACGCAGGGUCCAGUCGACGGCAGUCUCUACGCUAAGAUCCGAAAGAAGGACUCCAACGAGGGCAUUGUUUCCGUUAACGGCCUUCCGCCCUCCGAGCGUGCUCAUCCUCCCCUCCAGCAGGCAGUCGGAGUAGCCAACCACGCGCUUCCUCUCCCUGUCGCCAACCACGCCCUCCCGGUCGCUGACCACGCGCUCUCUGUGAGCAGCGACUCGGGCAACUCCACCGCCUCCGUCAAGACCGACCGCACCGAUGACCCGCAGUCCCAGCAGGGCGGCGCCGCCGGCGGAGGAAGUGGCAGCGGGGGGGCCUGCGUGAGCCAGCCGCCCGGCGCCGAACCGUCCCUGAGUCCGCGGGAGAAGCGCGAGCUCGAGCAGCUGCUCAGCGGUCUCGAGGGAGGAGGAGGAGCCCAGGGGGGCCGACAGGGGAGCCCAGCGGCCGUCGGGGGUAUCCUCCACCUGGUGCCCGCGCAGGUGCACGUGAACGGGCGUGGCUUGAUCCGCGCCAACACCGUCCCGGCAGCAGCAUCCGCGCGCGCCGCAGACAGCCGGAGCGAAACCGAACGCGAGACUGAUAUCCUUGACGACGAGCUCCCAGAGGCUCCCAACAGCGCCGACAGCCUCGGGACGAUCUCGUCUCUGGACGGACACGAGACGCCAGCCGCCGACAGCCAGGGACACAGCGACUACCAGACUCCCCAGCAGCAGCAGCAGCAGCAGCAGCAGCAACCGCCGUCUGACUCGACCACCGUGGACAUCGAGGGACCGUCGGCUCUCCCAGAUCUCCGGUCCAGCAGGAGAGACAUGCCGGUGCACCAGGUGCACGGCUCGGCCUCCGCGCAGGAGCGUCUGAUCGACUACAGCGACCAGAACGGGGCCAUGUACCGCUCACAGUCCUACGGGGCUGCCCCAGCCAUGGACCCAGGGGCAGCUGCCAGGCUUCUGCCCCAAGCGCCCGAAAGGAGCACGAGCAGCCGCGAGGCCGUCCAGCGCGGCCUCAACGCCUGGCACCAGUACGGCCUGGUGGACGACCCGUUCUUCGGGCCCAUGUCGGGCCUGUCGCGCUUCCCCACGUCGCCGAGCGGCGCCUCGCAGAACGACGUGGAGCAGUCCAUCGAGGCCCUCAACAUGCUCAUGAUGGACCUUGAGCCCACGCAGACGCCUGUACCCAAGUCCCAGAGCGCCCCCCCGGGCGACAACCCGGCUACCUACCAGACGCCCUUCGCCCAGAACUACCCGAGGCCCUCGUACCAGGCGGACCAGGCCAUCCACAGCUACUCGACGGGCUACCCGCCCUCCACCUCGGCCAGCUACGGCCAGUCCUCUCAGAGGUCCUCCCCGGCCUACCCGCCCAUGUCGCCCUCCAUGGAGCCCCACAGGGGGGCUUUCCACUCCCCCACCCACCCACAGGAGGCGUACAUCCACCGGGGAGGUCCCGGGUCCCCGUCCCCCACCCUGCACCACCCGCAACCCCUGAAGCCCCAGAGCGCCUUCACCCCAGGGGGAGGCAGCUCGGUGUGCUACACCCCGGAGCUCCAGGGCAUCUCCCCGUACCCCACCACCCAGAUGAGCUACAGUGCCUCCUCCUCUCCCCUCCCGUCGGUUACCCCCGCCAGGGAGGCUGACCCCGAGGAGGAGAGCCUGAACCUGGAGGGGCUGGUGGCCCACCGCAUAGCUGAGUACAACGCUCGCAUCCGGGGCAUCUCGGCGAGUAUGAGCCCCCAGCCCCAGCCCCGCGAACGCCAUCGCUCCUAUUCUUUUUCUGGGUCAAGGUCACACACAGCAACCCCAGAUGAGUCCGGUUCAUCCAUGCGUCGCCGCACGACCAGCGAGGGUCAGUACCACAACGGUCACGAGGAUCGUCCAGCUCACGGGAAUGCCUCCCGCACCCCUGUCUCGCCAGAGUUUGUUACUGUUAUCGCCUCGAAUCCAGGAGGCCGACCAAGGGAGGUUCACAUGCACAGCUAUCGGGAGGCGUUUGACGACACCCCAGACGGCAGCGGUGGCGCCCCCACCAGCCCAACCCCCAGCGCCGGUGGUGAGGCCCCCCCCUCGACCCCCGCCUUCCCUGUGUCCCCCCUCACCUCGCCACAGACCCCCUACUUCAACCUGUGUCGCUCCCCGCCAGGCUUGGCCAAGACGCCUCUGUCAGCCCUGGGGCUGAAGGCGCAGAGCCCCAACGAUGUUCACAUGCAGCAGAGCAGCUCCGAUUCUGACUCUAGUGAUGAAAUGGAAGAGCCGCGAGGCUACAUUGGGCCCGUGGCACACGUUGGAGGGAGGGGUCUCGGCAUGUCCCCUAGCCACCAGCACCCCCUGUACCCGUCUGAAGCUAUGGAGAGGGCGGCACCCCCUGCCCACGGCAUCAACCCCCCGCUCUCACCCCUUGGCACCAGCCACCACCCUGAGGGACACUUCUCACAUCCUGACGGCUCCAUGCGAGUGGCCAGUCCCCCUGUCCCUGUGUCCAACGUGGGCUACCCGCCCAACACCACCGAGCUCACGCACCCCCACUUUUACCCCGACCCGCUGGGCUACCUGGAUCCUGAAACGGCCACGGUCAACAUCAUGGGCGUCCAUCGUGUGCCGGGCAGCCCCAACACGCUCCACCGCACCGUUGCCACCAACACCGCCCCCAGCCCCGUCCUCCAGCGCCGGCUAGCCAAUCAGAGCCCAGUCACCGGGCACCGGGUCCCCCCAGCCAAUGGCGGCGACCCCAACAGCCCUGUGCCCGCGCGCCACAUGGGUGCCACCAAAGCGGUGCCCCAGAGCCCCACGAUGGGCCGCCACACUCAGAGCCCGGGCAGCGCCGGAAGCCUGAGUCCGGAGAGGAGGCCCAGCAGGCAGGCCAGCCCCGACGAGAGGCCCGGCGGGCGCCAGUCCGGCGCCUCUGGAGGUCACCUGUAUGGCGCGGAGCCAGGCUCCCAGCCCCUGCUGCCCGAUAAGAGGCCCAGUGCCACCCCAACUGAGGGCUCCAUGAACAGGAAGAUGUCCUCGCCAGGGCCCAGCGGUGCCAGCACGCCCGUCAUGCCCCCGCACGCAACGUCUGAACCUGCCAUUGUCUCCAUCUAUGCUGAUGGACCACCAGACAUCAAGCUCAACGUAAAGUUUGUGCAGGACACAUCCAAGUUCUGGUACAAGCCAGAGAUCUCCCGGGAGCAAGCUAUCUGCGUGCUGAAGGACAGAGAGCCUGGGGCGUUUGUUAUCCGAGACAGCCACUCCUUCAAGGGGGCCUACGGCCUGGCCAUGAAGGUGGCCUCACCUCCACCCACUGUGCAACAGAACAAGAAAGUGGGAGACAUCACUAACGAGCUGGUUCGUCACUUCCUGAUUGAGACUAGUGCUAAGGGUGUGAGGCUGAAGGGCUGUCCCAACGAGCCCUACUUUGGCUGUCUCUCUGCAUUGGUGUACCAGCACUCCAUGACACCCCUGGCUCUCCCAUGCAAGCUAAUGAUCCCAACCCGAGACCCGAAUGAGGAAGCCAUUGAGUUAGCCACCCCAACAAGCUCCACCAUUGACCUACUGAAGCAGGGUGCAGCCCCUGUCGGUCCCCUGACAGUUUGUCCCUCUUAUGUCACCGUAGGGCCGAAGGUUCCUGAUGAGUCACAGGCAUGCAAUGUUCUGUAUAUUAACUCGGUGGAGAUGGAGUCCCUGACAGGCCCCCAGGCCAUUGCCAAAGCCAUCAGCGAGACGCUGGCGGCCCAGCCACUGCCCAGUGCCACUGUCGUCCACUUCAAGGUGUCCACCCAGGGCAUCACCCUCACCGACAAUCAGAGGAAAAUCUUCUUCCGGCGCCACUAUCCCAUCAACACCGUCACCUACUGUAACCUUGACCCGCAGGACAGAAAGUGGAACAAGACAGAGGGUGGAGCGGCUAAGUUGUUUGGAUUUGUGGCCCGGAAACAAGGAAGCACAACAGACAACGUCAGUCACCUGUUUGCCGAAUUGGAGCCAGACCAGCCGGCCAGUGCCAUUGUCAGUUUUGUCUCCAAGGUCAUGCUCGGCAACCCCAAACAGUGAAGACUGCCCUGGCAGACAUUUUGUUUUUUCUCUAAACUGCGUGUGUUCUUUUUUUCCUCCCACAAAGACACGUUUUUUCAUGCCCUUUUUGUGUGGAUAUAUUUUUUCAUAAAGGUCUCCCCGCCCCCGUCCUUCUUUCGAAGAGAUGGGAAGGAGGAGUUGAGUAAAACUGUUGACUUUAUUUUAUUUUUUUUUUCUUUAAGUUUUCAAGGUGUUGAUUUUUCCUUCAGUGAAGUAGGAGAACAUUCAGGAUGGAGUCUAUGCACGUGCAGGAGAGCUCAGAGGUUUUUCUGGAAGAGGAAGGGGAGAAUACUUCUCCCAGUGGUUCAUCCAGACUUGAAGAGAAUUUAGGAAUUAAUGAGUUUUAAAAGAAAGACAAGUGAAGAAACAAAAAAGCAACAAAGAAUCAUUUUUCAGAUAGAACAACCAAAGGUAGUGUUCAGAACAAGUAUGCCAUUAUUGGACAAUGUAUUCCAUUUUGUUUUGUAAAGGAAUUUUACUUUUAACCAGACUGUCAAAAAAGUACAAAAUCCCUCUGGACAAAAAAAAAAGAUUUUUUUGUCUGUCUCUGUGACUUCUUCUUUCAAAAAGAACAUUGAAAAAAAAAGAAAAAGUAUUCAGUGACGAUAUGCAUGUUCGCUUGCAAAUGGUCCUUAGCUGCUUCUCUAACCCUUCGUUGUUGGUCAAGACUGCUCUCUUUGUAGACACUGGUGGACUCGAGAUUGUAGGAUGCUACCAGGUCUACCGAUCACAACACCUACACACACAGACACCAGUUCAGUUGACCAAACUGCAUAUCAGGAAAAAAAUUGAAAAACACUGUGGUCCAACAUCAGCAAUAAUGUCACCCAGGCCCCAGGCUCAACUAGUCAAACUCAGAAAGAGGGGGAACUGUUGGGGUGGAGAGGAUUGUGGAUCGGCUGCUCUGGCCUGUAGAUGCAAAAUGUGUGUGACUGCACUGUAUCAGGAUGCAGGUGAGGAUACAAGUCUCAGCUCAUGCACAGAGCCUGUAAAGCAGGAGAGAGAUGUUCUACAGGUCACCUCAUACACACACAGACACACACACAGACACACACACACACACACACACACACACACACACUCACACACAUACACACAAUUACUGUACACACACAGAAAUGUGCACAUCUCCCUAUAAUGACCCACACUGGACACUGGAGGGGUGAACAAUUCAUCGCCUGGAUGGACCAACAGCGAUGCCCCCGCAUGCCGUAGUGCAAAAGUAGCUCCUUUAACCUUUAACCUUUACCCUUCAACCUGACUCAAUGAACUUUACCCCCCAGCCCCCCACUAUCCUCUGAACGCAGAUCACCCCUUUCCCCUGCUGUAGGAAAGAAACAAAAAAAGAAGAAAAAUUGCUAUGGCGACACUGAUCGCUAGAGACUUCAACUGCAUGUGAUGCUACCUUCAGGUUUUUCUUUUCUUUUCUUUUUUACUUCAAAAAAAGGGUCUUACAUCUUGUUGAAGUUCGCUAUGCUCUGUCUUUAUCUUUGUCACACACACACACACAUACUAACACACACACACACACACACACACACACAUACUAACACACACACACAUCAUUUCCUCUCCCGAGUGGAGUUUUAUUUCAGCCAAAUACACAUUAGGCAAUGUCUACCUUUUCUUUCAAGAAAAAACAGAGUUGCUUUCUGUUCACACUGCCCAUUACCACACUUCUUUUAUUCACUGUGUGAGAGCGUGGCUUAAAAAAAGAAGACAACAUAAAGAAAAAACAAUACACAAAGCCCAAUCUUCAUAAGCUAUUGAAAAAAGAUAAACAUGACUAUAAAUAAUGAUGACUACAUAUGUAUUACUAUAAAAAGGUGACUUUAAUGAAAAUAUUUAUUUUUGUUGCUCUCUCUUGCUUUUGGGUUAUUCAUGCAGUAUAUUGAAAUGACAAGAUAUUGUAUAGUCAACAUUCAAAACAUCUGAGACUACAUGGGGGGGAAAUUAUUUUGGUUAAGAGUUAAAAGUCAUGAGUGAAAAAAGACAUCUUGUGUGUCCAGCUGAGAGUCACUUUGUUUUGCGUGUGGCCACUGCUCCAUUUUGUCUCAUGUUGAGGUGUUUGAGGUGUGUGAGGGGAAGACAUUCAUGUAUAAAAAAAAACACAAUGUUUUUAUUUUUGUUUUUAUGCAUUUUUUUAUUUGUAAUCCAUCAGUUUGUGCCGUUGCAGGAUGAUAACGCUGUCUGUCAGUUGUGUGUGUGAUGGAGAUGGAACUAGAAGUCUGCCAGCUACAGACACUAAUUUGCCCAUCAAGAAUGUCAAGAGGAAGGCACACAAAUGUGUUUGCCAAAGAGGCAAACUCAGAAGAUCCACAGCGUAGGCUACCCCAUCUUUAUAAUUGUAUAGCACUUACAGACUGCCAGUGCCACCCUAGUUAAGUUAAACCAGAAUCUAAACAUGUCCUCAUGACUUUUCUAAGGACAAGCUACAACAGAUGUCGGUGCAGUUCUUACAUAGCUUCUGUUGUUGGGAUUCAGUAUUGGAAACGGUUGAAUAAUAUCUCGUUAUUAUUAGGGGAAGAGCAGGUGUCAUGGCUGCCAAGAACCUUUGUUGUAGAUCAUGCCGCUAUUAAGCACCAUACUCCAUUCAAAACCACUAUAGCUGUACACAUAUAUGCAGUUUCUUCGCCUUUUUCAUGUAACAAGACCUCAAAGCGAACACAAGAUAACAAAUGAUACUGACUGUCCUUUGUGUAACAUAAAAGUAUGUAUUUAUUUCUGUUUUUAAAUUAUGUUUUGUUUGUGUUUUUUUCACUCACCGGUUGGUCUUCCCCAUAGUCAGGCCCAGUGCUUUGGUGUCAUCAGUGUUACCCAGAAUGCUCUAGACUCGCAGGCGACCCGGCGGACAUUUUCCUCGGAUGUUUGCCUGAAGUCAGUGAGUUGGCUUUGCGAAGAUGAAGUCUGGGGUUUGAAUGUGUGAAUGUACUACUAAGGCUGUACAGAGCUUCUGUGGGAUUUAUGUGUUUUUAUUUUAUUUUAUGUUUAUUUGUGUUAUAAUGCAAUGGCUUUGUUCCUGAGGAGAAAAAAAAAAAAACAUUAAAGCAAUACAAACCAGUUA